AACCGCCUCGCUGGCUCUCAUGAGUCCGGAGGUCACAUGCCGCGGAGUCGCGUAACCCCUGACGCAUUUAUUUGCUUAGAAAGCGCGACAAUAGUACGGUGUUGUUUUAAUUAGCGAGCGCCCUGACUGAGCGCCGAUUAAACAGCGACGGAUUUCGCGAUGGACACGUUUCGGACUUUGAAACGUUCGAAACGUUUCCGUGAGUGAAUUGUUGUUCGGACUCUGAGACGUCUCCCGCUCCUCGAAGGGGGAAACGCGCGUGUAGUAAAACGGUUUGAUUAAUUAGGGCACCGGAGAGGGGAGAGGAGGGAGGAAGAUAUGCUGACAAUUCCAGCCAUUAUCGUCGUAUAGGUUUAUUUUUCUAUUAUCGUUGAUCGUUUCAGAAUUAAUUAGAUUUUUUUUCAUGUAAAUUUCUCUUCAAAAGAAGCGUGUUUUGCUUCGUGGAGUCAGUUUCUGUCAAAAUUAGAGAUAUUUUAUAUGUGAUUUUGCGGCGUAAAAUGUGCGAAAAAUACGCCUGGAGGAUCCGAAUACGUAUGCAUCGAGAUAAAUCAAAACAACAGAUAAGACGCGCUCCUUUGUUUCGAGGAAACGAAUUCCGCCAUCGGGUUGCCUCAAAAGUCAGUAAAGGGAGAAAGCCGUCCGGCGAUCAUUUUGACGGCGAGCGUGGCAGGCCGGAAGUGACGCUCGCGGAAGGCGGAACGGAACGAAGGCGAAUCUCGGGAUCAAUCGCGCAUACAUCGGCCUCGCUUAAUUAAUUCCGGGACGAUGCACGCGCGGUGCCCGAUCUUCGUAAGAUCGAUCACUCGCGUUACAACGAAAGGGGGGGGGGGGGGUGAGCCGUGAAAACGCCGUUGCAGUUUUAAUCACACGAAAUCACCCCGUGCGAUCGAUCGGGGAGGGGGAGGGGACGCUAAGGGCAACGUAUAGCUAAUCUGGCCCGCGAGAAGGAGAGAGAGAGAGAGAGACUCUCUUCUCACCCUGGAUUCCUGGAACCGCCAUGUUCGCGUCAGGGACUAUAGCUAGCCCGUUCCCGAGGUCGAUCGCGUUCGCAUUCGUGUCAACGAAAAAUCGCCGUUGACAAACAGACUCGGGCGAGCGCGAUAAGAGAGGGACGCCUCUCCUCGCGCAAUUUGCGCCGCCGAGCGUCCCAGCGAUAUCGCGCGCGAACAGAAAGAGAGAGAGAGGGAAGAUGCGCGCCCGCAGCAUGGCGAGACUCUCGGGCGCCUGCGUGGCUGGGUGACGUCAUUAGCGAGAACCGGGCAGCUCGCCGUCCGCCAGACAUUCAGUCUCGCCUCGGCGUUCGAGGAGAUUGCACGCGUACGAGUUUCUCCCGAUCGAGAGAUCGCACAUAUACACAUAUACCAUACACACACACGCAUUUUCUCGUCAGCCACCGUCGCGGGAACCUGACGAGCGCGCUUGAUCGAGCUCCGGAAUCGAUCCCGGAGAUCCGAGAGGCGGAGGAUCUCAAGGGAAGGAAAAGGAAUAAGGAGGAGGACGCGAGCGCGCGUCCGCGCGCGCCUGUCUGCCUGCCUGUUUGACUAAAUCGCGCCGGUCGUUCACCCGGUCGGUGUGCGCGUUACUACAAAUAUUCUUACGCAACGAGCCGAUCGCGCGCGUGACAGAGAGAGAGAGAGAGAUCGGCCGCGCUCCGCGAAAAGUUUCCCUCCGAGCGGGAGGGGAGGAGGAGAGUAGGUUUUCCUCGCCGGGAAAGUCGGAGUCACGAGAGAGACAGGAGGAGGAGGAGGAGGAGGAACAAGAGGAGCGCGGAGAGAUCGAAGGAAGGACCGCGAGCGACACGUGCGAAGGGCUCGCGCGCGCGCGGGGAUGCGCGGCGCAUCCGCCGUAGUCCCGCCGAAGUAGGGUCCCUCCUUUCUUCCACCCACGGCGGAGAGUCUCUCUCUCUCUCUCACUCUCUCUUUCUCUCUCCGCUCCGCUCCGGAUGUGACCACGCCGACGACGACGUCGACUGACCUUGCUAUGCGCUCCGCGCUCCUGCGCUCGCCGACGGAAGAAUGAGUUGCUCGGUCAAGAUCUCGUGCGGCAAGGGCUGGGGUGGCUCGCAGCGCAGGAUCGGCUCCCUCGCGGAGGAGGCGGCGCCGGUUAACUGCGCCGCCGUCCAGCCGACGACGUCGGGCUCGACGAGCACGACCAACACCGCCGCGACCGUCACCGUAGCCUUCAACAAUCCCGUCAUCGUCACCACGAGUACCAGCACUGCCGCUGCCGCCGCAGCCGCCGCCGCCGCGACCACCAGCGUCAACGUCAUCGCGGCCGGUAAUCAGAGGGUGAUCCCACCACGCCCCGUCAGGUCGAUCGCCGUGAAGAAAGGGGAGGACACCACGAAGCUGCUCAAGUACAUCGACGACAACGUCAUCGGCAAGAACGGCACGUUCUUCGGCCCGUUCGGCCGCAGGAAAGUGGUUUAUUGCGACUACACCGCCUCGGGAAGGUCGCUGCAGUUCCUCGAAGAUUACAUCGCGAAGGAGGUGCUGCCAUGCCUGGGCGACACUCGGGCGUCCACGUCCAUCUGCAGUCUGCAGUCCUCUCUUUUUAGGCAUGAAGCCAGAGACAUCGUCAGGCACGCGGUUGGGGCUAACGAACAGGAUGCGGUCCUGUUCACCGGUCAAGGCACCGCCGCUGCCCUUCGCACGUUUUUACGGCACCUCGAUCUCUCCAAGUCCACCGUGGUCUUCGUGGGCCCGUUCGAGCAUCACGCCAACCUGAGGCCUUGGCGCGAGCUCGGUGUCAAGAUAGUACGAGUUUCCGAGACCCGGGAGGGCUUCUUGGACCUGAACGAUCUCGAGCGGGGCCUCGCGAGAAUGCGGAGCGAGGGCGUUGCGCAAAUGAUCGGAUGCUUUAGCGCUGCCAGUUGCAUAACGGGGGUUUUGGCAGAUGACGUCGCGACGACCCUCCUGCUGCACCAAUACGGCGCGCUCAGCGUGUGGGACUACACCACCGCAGCUCCGUACGUCCAGAUCGACAUGAACCCGCACUUACCUGGAGUCGCGGAGACCGCGGUGCACAAGGAUGCGAUUAUCUUCGCGGGUCACAAAUUCAUCGGCGGCGUGCAGUCGCCCGGUAUACUGGUGACGAAGCGGCGGCUCCUGCGGGAGGACGUCGAGCCGGAGGACAUGAGGGACUCUCAUCGCUACCACCGCGAUCCCGAGCUGCGGGGUGAGAGCGGGACCGCCGGGGUAGUCGAGAGCAUCCGAUGCGGGCUGGCGGUCCAGCUGAAGGAGAACGUCACACCUAGGGCGAUCAUCGCGCGGCAGGACAAGAUCUCUCGGCAAGUCUUGGCCCACGUGCGCACCAUUCCGGAAUUGAUUCUACUCGGCAGCACCUCGCAGAAUGUGAAACGCUUGCCUAUCUUUUCGUUUAUGGUGCGCCAUCCGCGCGGCACGUUUCUCCAUCAUAACUUCGUCUGCGCUGUUCUGAACGAUGUUUUCGGUAUCCAGGCACGUGGAGGAUGUGCGUGUACGGGUCGCUAUGCUCAUCAUUUGAUGGGGAUCGAUCGGGAACUCGCCAAGGAAUACGAGAACGUCCUCUUGGAAGGACAACGGAACGGCAUCGAGGAAACCACUGCGGAAGGCCUCAGACCAGGCUUUGCUAGACUGUCCUUCCCUUACUUUAUGAGCGAGGCGGAAGUUGCCUUUGUGUUGGAAGCUCUUAAGAUGGUAGCCACCGAGGGUUGGAAGCUAUUGCCACAAUACGUGCUGAAUCCCGAUACUGGUGAAUGGCGGCAUCAUACUAACAGCGUCUUCAAAGAGCGCAAGUGGCUAGGUUCAAUCAGAUACACUGAUGGUAGGAUGAGUGCCACGGAGAGACGAGCUUCCGGCGCCGGCGUCUUCCCGCAAACCUACGGCGAUUGUCUGCAGACCGCUCGGAACAUAUUCAAUCGUGCCCGUAAAAUGGCCCAACGAUAUCCGCUGCAGAUCGACAAGAGCUUCAACUUUAUGUGCGAGCGUAUGGAAGCGCUGCGCUGGUUCAUGCUGCCGAGUGAAGCGCAGGAUCUCCUUUUGGGUAACUCGCAGAACGUCAAGCAGGAUGUGCCGUUCAAUCCAUUACUAGCCUGGAACAAGUACAGCCAUACGAACACCGUUAUUACCUGUCACGAUAGUUUGGUGAACUCUCCAACGAACGGUAUGAGACGGCUAAAUAGCGACAUUCCGCGUUCGGGCAAUGCGCCAAUCUCAAUGAUCUCGCCGAGGCAUCGAAGUCUACCAGCACUAAGCACAGUUCGGCGAACCUUAAUGGCGACUACGGCGGAAAUGAACCAGCCAUCGUCAUCGAGCAACAGCGAAGAGGAGAGUCCGAAUCAAAAUGAAAACGAAAAUGAACACAGUCAUUUCUCCGGUGGACACCGAUCACCCGCCACAUGUCCAAAUUCGCCGAUGCCAGUCAGGUUCUUGGUGGGGGAGGCUGUGACCACUUCGGUCCUGGGAUCAAUAUCGACUACCCGACCGACGAAAGAACAAAGGGAGCUAUUAGAGGCGCACAACAAUGCCGGACGCGCAAGAUGCAACUCCCUGGGUAGUACCACUGACGGAUGUAACGCGCAGGGAACUCGCGUCGGUGCCGCGACAGCAUCCUCGCUGAUCCCGCCGCUUCCUCUGAGUCCGCAAACCCUGACCAGCUUGGGACUGAGCACGUCGAACGGUUCGUCAAGGCACAAACGUCUUCACUGCAGUUGCAGCAGUCAGACAGAGCUAAAUUCUUUGGAACUGGAUUCCGCCGCCAGCCCGAGUCAUUCGAUCUCUUCUUUGAAUUAUAAUCAUAAUCCGGCGUCACCACCGUCUUCAUAUUCGUCGACCAGCGAUUACACCGAGAGGCUGGUAGGCGGUGGUAGAGCAUCGCCUAUUUCAACGAAUAUGGGUCAGGAUGAUCUGAGCGCGUACGUGAAAGAGAUGACCAAGGAGUUGGCAACAGAGAUUAAAUCGGAGAUCCGUGAGGUGAUUUCCAAAGUGGAUGAUGCCUUGUCGGAGACGAACACGUCUGAGAAUACGCCGCAACAUCAUUCGCGACCUCAGAGUAUAGCUAAUCAAACGUACAUGGAGGAGAAGCAGUCGAGGCACGACUCGUUUACGGCUAGCGACAUUGCUGAGUAUUUAAUGGAAUUCUCGAAGGAAAUGGCAAGCGAAGUGAAAUCCGAGAUAAGGUGCAUGGUGAACGCCGUUGAUGGACUUCACAGGUACUCGCCAGACGCUUCCACUUCAGAUGUUUCUUCGAGCGGAUGCGGUUCGCCCGAUCGUGGAAGAAUCGUGCUUCCUUCAUCGGCGUCCCCGCGACUUUCGAACUCCAGAAAAAGCGGAUCGAUCGAGAUCGCCAGCAAGGUUGGCGAGCUCUCGCAACAGGAAAGCAAAAUGUCCAGCGAGUGCUCUUCAGACGAGACAGUCAUUUACGUAAUGAAACCUUCCGAGAACGAACAGAUAGGAAUGCGUGGUCGUUCGAAGACCGAGGACGAGGAGAAUGACGUGGACGAUUACGUAGACGAUGAUUCGCAGGAGGGACGCGGCGGGCUGGACAUUAGCGACUCCCAGAAGGUUCUACCGAAGAUUUACUCGGCCGUAAACUCGGUCAGCUCUCAGGACAGCGGUAUAAAUAUGUCUUUUCAAGAGAGCGACAAGUCAAUGGACUCGCUCGAUCUGAAACGAAGCAGCAGCGCCGAAUCCAACUCCACCCACAGCCACGGGCGGAAACCUAGGACGACGUCGAUGAUGAGUCUGUCGACUAAAUGUGGCGGCAAGCAGCAAAUGCGUCAAAACGACAAUCUCUCAGAGGACGAGGAAUGCACGGGAGAUCUGCGAGAGGAGGAAGGCGACGGGCAGGAGAACAAUUUUGAUGAUAACGAGUCUAGACUCGAGUUCCCGCGAACUCAAUGGCACUGCCCGCCGAAAAACGUCUGGAAACCUACGGUGGAAGCUAUGCAAGAAUUUGACAUGAUUCGAGACAAUGAUAAAGUCUUGGUCUGCCUGUCAGCGAUCGGCAGGGACUCGCUCUCUCUUCUACAUACUCUACAUCAGUACAGAUUUUAUGUUAGGUCGAAGGGAAUCGACUUUGAGAUCGGCGCAGCCACCAUCGACGCGAGUGGCUCCGAUCCUAUGGAAUUGAUGAGUUACCUGAAGGCUUUGGAGAUUCCCUACUUCUACGAGGAACAAGUGACGAACUCGAUUAGCGUCAAUGUUGACGAUCCGUUAGAUGCUAGCAUUGCCAGUGGGACCUGCAGCUUUUGCGAUAAGUCAGUUAGGACACACUUGUACUCUUUAGCGAAACGGCACGGAUAUAACGUGCUGGCGCUUGGUCAACAUUUGGACGAUCUCACGGAAAGCUUCCUCAUCUCAGUGCUCCACGGUGGCAUGUUGAAAACCAUGAAAGCUCACUACUAUAUACGUCGGGAGGAUCUCAGAGUUAUCAGACCGUUCAUUUACGUGCGAGAGAAGGCGUUGAAACAAUUCUCCGAAGGCAAGAAGCUACGUAUCUCACAGGAUUCACGAACUUUGUCCGAGAAGCAAAACAGAAGGAAAGAGUUGAUGUUCCAACAGGAACGCACGUAUCCACGAUUGCAUUGGUCCGUGCGCACGGCUCUACGGCCCUUGAUAACUGCUCACGGACAAAUUACCGCGUUUGAUUUGGCCUGCAGCAGCAACGGCGGUAACAGUCCGAGUAGCAGUACUAGUAGCAGCAUAAGCAGCACUUGCAGCAGCAACAGCGGCGGCAGCAAUAACCAACAGAAACGACAUCGCAGGACCAAGACGAAUCCCUUGGUGAACGCUUCAUCGUCCCAGCAAACCGACGAGAACGACGAGACCGACGAAGAGCCUGUGCUCUGAGGAGGGUCCAUCGCGAGAUGGGAUUCCGACUGUCCCGCAGUCCCAUCCUCGCGCCUUCGUCGCCGGCGUCCAACGUCGACGUUUGCACUCGUUAGACGAAGACGAUUGCGCUUCGCAGCCGCCGGCGCCGCCGUCAGGGCAAAUGAUCAAAAAUGCGCUGAGAACAUUAACUGAGCUAUGAUAGCGAGCGGCAUUUAAACGUAAGAAGUCUUCGCGAGGGAGAUUUUUCGAGAAUUGCUCGUGUCUAUGAACAUUAUUCGCGAGUGAUAUAUCCGUCUCUCGUCGCGAGUUCUUAGGGAGAUAUUCGAUACAUCUUGUGACAAGUACUCCGGUGUCGUUGCAGUGAAUAAUUGUUGGCUAUUUAAUGUAAACAGGACUCAUAACGAGUUGUCAUAACUCAAAUUUGAAAUAAAAGUUGCUUUCUGUAGGACAUUCUUGAAAGAGAGUAGAUGCGAGAGCAGAAUGCUACUUAAACAGCGGACUUAACGCAAAGACGAUGUAAGUUUAUUAAGCUUACGACGGAAUGAUUGAUUGUGAAUAAUUAGGCGUAUCGGCAGCUGACCGCGUGAUUGGCUGUUUUACGCGAAGAUACGGCACGAUGGUAAUUGAUCGACGAGCUGAUAGGGGAUAGAAUGGUUGACAAUGUAUCGCGCCGUUACAUUGUCACGUUAUAUUGUCGGUAACGAAUACCGAUAUGCGUAUACGAUUAAGGGACAUGAUACGCUUGAGAGAUGCGAUAAGCGAUAGCUGCUUAAACACUAACACAUGAUAUGAUGUGUUAUGUAUCUUAGAGAAGUCAUGCAGCGAGGGGAACGGAAGACAGUUUCAUGAGCAAGCCGGAAACCUCGCGAGAAGGAGAGAAUCACGAAUAUACCUUUUUUUAUACGUAUACAAUCAUACUUUUUAUUUGAUAUACUGCCUUUGGCAUCUAAUGAUUAUUAAGUCGCGCGAUCGAGAAAUUUUGUAAACAAUCGAGGUCCCUCGAGAUCCUUUUUUACGCGUCUUCAACUUUCCCGACAAUACGACUUGACGACAGACUCAUUUCUUUGCGGUCGAAUAAAUGCAUCUUUCAGACAGUCUGUCGGGAACGUCAUCCCAGGUGGAUUGAAAUGACUGCGCGGUUAUCGUUACAUUAUUCGUUGCAUUAAUUAAUCCGCUUUUCGGAUUAAUAGCUUGAUCGAACAUUUUCUUUCGAGAGGACCACAUCGAGAGGUAAAGGCUGCGACAAAUUCUCAAUUCUCUGCAUGAACUUCUGCUUCGAAAAAAAGAAGAGUGCCCCGCGCACACACACGACACAUAUAAGAUUGACGUUUCUUGCGAAUAGAGCGUAUUAAAACGGAUUGCGUGUGAGAUUGUCUAAAUAUUCCCAAGCAACCCAAAUACAAGUCUCCAUUGAGACAUCUGAGAAGUGACUUAGGGUUUCCUUCUACUUGAAACUCGCAACGCUUACGAGCGUUAUUUGUUUUUGUUUAUCUUUAAUAUUUGAUAAGCAAAAAUGAAAUAAUUACGCGGUCAUUGCGAGCGUUAAGUGGAACGCAUCCUAAUGCACGUCUGAAAGAUAGUAAUGUUUCCCGUUUUGACAUGAUAAGUGCGAGAGAGGCUUGUAAUAAAACAUUAAUUUAAGGAUUUGUGGGAAGGAAACAAGUUUUUCGUUUCUAUCCGACAAAUGUAUUUGGAUGGCGAUCUCCGAUACUUUAGGCCACAAGACAAAGGCUUUUUCCUCUUAACUGGCAUUAACGAAAAUACGAUGACACAAUAAAGCUGCAUUCUUUUUCACCGUAACUUUAUUUAUGCAGCUCGAUCUGCAUUGUGAUCAAUAAAUUUAAUUACCAAUGCGAAAAGAAUUAACGACGUCAGAUAAUGAAUAAAUUGCAAAUAAGAGUUUAAUCACUUCCUGGUUUAUUUAAGUACGUAAUAACACGAUGAAUCAUUUUCUACGAAAUCGAUGAUAAAAACGCUAAAUUUUCGAUAUAAAAGAUCAAAUUAUAUUUUGCCACGAAGAUGUAUAAAUUUAUCUCUAAUCUUCUAAGGAUAACGAAGGCUCGUGCGAGCCAAUUGCACUGAUAGUCCGGUAAUCAACUAAUCCUAGAUUUAUUCUUUUUUAUAUUGUAAUUGUACUUGUUAGAGAAAGAUACGCAGGGCGAUGGAAUCAAAUUAAUCUACUAAUCGAUACUGAUACACCGUGGCUUGAUCAUGCAACGAAAUACAUAAUAUUGUACAGAGAAGAUAUUUUAGAAUCGUAAUAAAAAGUAGUAAUGACAAAGGAUAGAUGAUGUUACGGUGGAGAAAGAAGGCGCACGCAAUUGGACCAUGUAAACGCCAGAUGAGAGACGAUUAGCCUAAAUGGCAUAAGGAAACUUAAAAAGAGGACACUCCAAGAAAAACCAAUAUCAAAAUUUGCGAAAGGAUGUCCGAUAAAAUAUAUAAGCCAAUAGGCAUCGAUCGUUAUGUCGAUUAUGAUAUAUUUAUAGCAGCAGCGGUCUUAUGUUGUUCACUUCUUCUCUCAUGUUUGGCUGUUGUACGCUCGCUAAUCGUUAGUACUAUAAGUAACGUUUAAGACUUGUACGUAGAUCGUAUGUGAAACAACGUACGCAACGUAGACGAUGAUCAUGAUAUAAAAUAUUAUGCUAUUGUACGUACCAUUUGCGUCGUACUGAUUUUUUUAAAGUGUUCGUUCGUUCGUUCGUUCAUUCGUUCAUCGUUGAGUCGAGGAUGCGAAAGGUGGAAUUAACAACCAAAUGCGAUAAGCUAGAUGGAAGUUUUGGAUCUACACGAAUCUUCGCGAAUAGAUAUUCUCAUAUUUUCCGAGAGUUACGAAUGGGACAUUGUUACUGUAAAGAUAUGUAAGUUUAUUUAUCGCUAAUAAAAAUGAACGUUGAAGAAAAAAAAGAAAUAA